AUGUGUGUUACCAAUAGUCCCGAGCAAAUCUGCACCCGUCGAUUCGUCGACCUACUCCGCCCUGGAGCGUCCUUUACCUUCGCGCCGUCGUGCAAACGCAAGAUCCUUGACCACAUCAUCACAAACCGCCUGACCCCGACCAAAUGGCGCAAGAACUUCCAGGACCUGCUAGUGGCAAUCAACAUCGCCGGACUUGGCAAGACUGUGGAAGGCUUGAUGCGCGGCAAGGUUGAGAGCUGCCCAGCCACCCGCCGUGGAGGGUACAAGCCAGGCGACUAUCGGCCAAUCCGAGCCACAUCCAUCACCCAAGUCGGGGGCAACGUUGGCGAAAACAACACCAACCGCGGCGGGAACAACCGGGGCGCAAUUGCAACCUCCAAAACAGUCUUUGUCAUUGGUAGUGGGUACGGACAUAUAGUCCGACACAUGGCCGACACGGACGAUGAGAGUGAGCUGGGCAGUACAGGCCUGCAUGAUGAGGAGGCUGGGGAGUCCAGCGAUGAUGACUCCAGUUAUGAUGACUUCAGCGACGUUGAUGAUGAUGACGAUGAUGACAAUGAUGGCGACGGAGACGAUACCGAAGACCAUGACAAUGGAUCUGGUGAGGAGGAUCAAGAUCCGGAUGUUGAGAUGCCGGAUGCUCCCACCCUCACGUUGAAUCCGUCCCACCUCCACCUUCAUUGGGGCCGUCACAAGCACCAACAUUGUCAUUGUUCCCAUGAUGCACUCGGUUCUCGGUCAUACACUCGCCACCAGGGAUCGUCAACGUCGUCAUCCAAUGGCGGCUCCAACAGCACGACUCGAUCAAUGCUCUCUGAGGAAGCCAUCACAUCGCCAACUCCGAGAACGCCAGUCACGCCAGCUCCAAGAACCCCAGCCACGCCAUCUCCUACACCAACCAUAGCUGCGCGAGCCAAUCGUGCAUUGUCGAUAUGCUCCAUGGCCCCAAGCGAGUCGGCAUCAUCAGCCCCCGCACCACGCGCCCGGCCAGAGGGGGAGAGGCUCGCUGCAGCACACUCCAAGUGCAGUGGACUCUCCACCGAGGAGCUCUUCACGUCCAUUGACCAAGCUGCGGGCGCAGUCAUUGGUCUCGCUACUUGGCGUAUGGCGGUGAUGGCCGCCGAGACAGAUCCAGGACUGGCCAAUGAUCUACGCGAACGGAUUGAAUCCCUUCUCGAGAUGGUCGACGUGAUGAAGGAGGUUCUGAGGGAGAAGAUGGGUGGAGAGAAGGAGGAUUAUUGCUUUGGUGGUAGGUUCUGGUGGUGGAUGAAGCUGAACUGGGUGGAGGAGAAUAUUCGACUGUAA